UUUAAUUUUAAAAUUAUUUUCUCAGUAUUAUGUGUAUUUGUUUUGUUCUUGGAUUUUUCACAUUCAUCUCUACAUAUGUUGUUUUGCUGGGUGCCAUUUUGUCUUGAUUGUUGCUUGGAUGUUGAACAUUUAUGUAAAUUAAGGGGGUUAAGCUAUAAUUUUUGGUUUAUUUUCAGGCCCUUCUUGCAAAAAACCUUUGGGAAGGUGUUCUCGAAUUUAAAAGAAUUUUUUUGGGAGAAUUGUUAA